CCCCCUCCCGGCCGUCCCGGCGGCCAUUGCUCCAAGAUGGCGGCGGCGGCGGCGGGGCAGAUGACCCCAGGUGGAACCACUCUUCUUGAUCACCCUCAGCCUGAAACCUAGGGAGGAUGCCCUGGACGCCCUGGCUAGGGUCUGACAUCAGGCCCCAUGCGGCUCACCCGCUGCUGGGCUGCCCUGGCAGCAGCCAUCAUCCUCAACCUCCUAGUCUUCUUCUAUGUGUCAUGGCUACAACACCAGCCCAGAAACUCCCGGACCCGGGGCCCACGCCGCACUUCUGCCAUUGGUCCACGAGUCACUGUCCUGAUUCGGGAAUUUGAGGCUUUUGACAACGCGGUGCCGGAGCUAGUGGAUUCCUUCCUGCAGCUGGACCCAGCCCAGCCUGUGGUGGUGGCCGCCGACACACUCCCUUACCCACCCCUGGCCUUGCCUCGCAUUCCCAACGUUCGCCUGGCCCUGCUCCAGCCAGCUCUGGACCGGUCAGCGGCGGCCUCGCGCCCGGAGACAUAUGUAGCCACAGAGUUCGUGGCCCUGGUGCCUGAUGGAGCGCGGGCCGAGUCACCAGGACAUCUGGAGCGAAUGGUGGAGGCGCUCCGGGGAAGCAGCGCGCGCCUCGUAGCCGCCCCGGUCGCCACUACCAACCCAGCGCGGUGCCUGGCACUGAACGUCAGCUUGAGGGAGUGGACUGCGCGCUACGGCCCAGCGCCCAGCGCGCCCCGCUGCGACGCUUUGGAUGGCGACGCGGUGCUGCUGAUGCGCUCCCGCGACCUCUUCAACCUCUCGGUUCCCCUGGCACGGCCGCUGGCCACCAGCCUCUUCCUACAGACCGCCCUGCGCGGCUGGGCAGUGCAGUUGCUGGAUUUGACUUUCGCCUCGGCGCGCCAGCCCCCUCUGGCCACCGCCCACGCGCGCUGGAAGGCGGAACGCGAGGGGCGCUCACGGAGGGCGGCGCUGCUGCGCUCUCUUGGUAUCCGCCUGGUGAGCUGGGAAGGCGGACGGCUCGAGUGGUUUGGCUGCAGCAAGGAGAGCCCGCGCUGCUUCGGUACGGUAGUGGGCGACACACCCGCCUACCUGUACGAGGGCCGCUGGACACCACCUUGCUGCCUGCGCGCACUGCGGGAGACUGCGCGCUACGUGGUGGGCGUGCUGGAGGCGGCAGGCGUGCGCUACUGGUUGGAGGGCGGCUCGCUGCUGGGUGCAGCCCGCCAUGGCGACAUCAUCCCGUGGGACUACGACGUAGAUCUGGGCAUCUACCUGGAGGACGUGGGCAACUGCGAACAGUUGCGGGGCGCAGAGGCUGGCUCGGUAGUGGAUGAACGAGGCUUCGUGUGGGAGAAGGCGGUGGAGGGCGACUUCUUCCGAGUGCAGUACAGCGAGAGCAACCACCUGCACGUGGACCUGUGGCCCUUCUACCCACGCAAUGGGGUCAUGACCAAGGACACAUGGCUGGACCACCGGCAGGAUGUUGAGUUCCCAGAGCACUUCCUGCAGCCGCUGGUCCCACUGGCCUUUGCGGGUUUCAUGGCACAGGCCCCUAACAACUACCGCCGCUUCCUGGAGCUCAAGUUUGGGCCUGGGGUCAUCGAGAACCCGGAGUACCCCAACCCUGCACUCUUAAGCUUGACAGGUGGCUGAAGCCCUGAUGCCCGCAUCUGGGGCCAAGGGAACUGCAGGGUGCAGGAAUCUGUUCUUUGCCUCGGGUUCUGUACGGAUCUGAACCAGUUUGUGAUUGGACAAUGGGGCUGUGCACUGGAGGGGAAAAAAAAAACAAAACGGGUGAACUGGCCAAGGAAGAUUGGAGGAAGCCCACAGAACAAGUCUGACUUUGGCAGGAAGUAGAACCCAAAGACUGGAGCAACACAUAGGCUCUUAAGCCUCGAGGUGGGGCUACGUGUAAGCCCUCCUAGCCCAUCCUCAUGAGGGAGAAAAGUGGUGGCCUUUGAUGGAAAAGCCCAGGGAUUUGAGUCCAGUCUUCAGGGCUCUGCAUAGUCUCUGCCCUAUAUUCCAAGAGCCGUGGGCCCUUGGAAAGUGAGGUCCGGAGAACAAACCAGCCAGCCUCCGUCUAACCACAGACAACUUAGGUAGCCCCGGACCAGUUAGUUACCCAGUCUCAGUUUCAUUUGAGAUACUGAAUGCCUCCAUUUGUAUUUAGGGAUCCUCAGUGCCCUUGGCGCUAGUGCUUCCUUCCUCCACUAGAGGGCGCGUCUGUCCCGCUUUUCAUCUUUGAUAAUCUUGUCCAUCCGAUCCCUUGUCUGGUCGUGCCCCACCCCUCGCCCCCAGGCUCUGCUUCACCGCCUUCAUCUCUGGUUUUCUUGGAGUGGCUCUGGAAGGUGGGAAAGCACUGGCCACCUCCCCUCCUCCCUUUUAAGAGUGCUGCUUGAUGUAUCUGCUUCUUCUAACCCCAUCGUGCUCUUGGAGGAUUGACCAGGCUCUGGUUUGGGAUCUGGCCAAUAUAUUACCUCUUUAUUUCAGUCCCCUGCACCUGUUCCUCCCCAUCCCCCUUCCGGGAAGGGAUAAACCUUUGCCAUAGCUCACAGUUACAAAGAGCUUGCUGGGCCCAGGCAUACACACGGAAGUGAUAGCUGCUAUUACAUCCAUUUAUCAGGGAGAAAAACUGAGGCCAAAAUGACAGUUAACCAGAUAGUUUAGGAAGUGGCCAGUAGAGGACUUGAAUUCAGGUCACAGUUUCAAGGCCACACUUCACUUCCUCUUUAGAUCCUGUUGUAGAAAUAGUACCAAAAUGGAGCCUUGCGGUGGCCGUGCCAUUUAAACAGGUUUAAAAAAUUCUCAUUUCAUUAUGCAUAUAAAUUAUGUCAAACUGCUACUACUGGUAUGUAUAUUGUUAAAUAAGGCUUAAAUUAUGCUACUUUAAAGUUUAAAAACUCAA